AAAGAGCCCCUCCGAAGCCCUUGGCAUGUCCCCGUCCAGCCCUGUCCCUCAACGCCUCCCUCCGCCAUGUGGCAGCUGCUCCUGCUCGCCCUGCUGUGCGGCACCCCAGCCUUGGCCAGGAAGAUCCCUGGGGAGGACGGAUGUGCCAAGGGCCCCACAUACUGGUGCAGGAGUCUGGUGACGGCUAUCCAGUGUGGCGCUUUGGACCACUGCAUGCAGAAAGGAUGGGGCCCUGCCAUCAAUGAGGACACCUGUGCAGACUGUAAACAGAUCGUCACCCUUUUCAUCCGCAUCGCCAAGGAGUCCAGCUUCAAGAAAGAAAUCCAGAAGUAUUUGGAGAACGAAUGCACCACCUUGCCACUGCAGACGCUGGUCCCCCGCUGCCAGGCCCUGGUGGACACCUACUACGGGCUCUUAAUUGCCAGCCUGGAAGAACAGAUGAAACCAGAGGCCGUCUGUGCCCAGGUGAGCCUCUGCCCCUCGGACCCGCUGGGGAAGAAGGACACCUCCCGCCCCCGGAGCCCAGAACUCUGGCGCCUCCCUUGGCCCCCACGGCAAGGCGAAGGUCUCAUCCUGCCCAACAGCCAGGCCCAGGUGAUGAGCCCUCCGCUCCGGUUAAGGGAAGGGGCUCUCGGGAAAGGGGUGAGCCCGUGGCAGCUGCCGAGGGAGGCAUCAGGCCCAACGAGGCCCUGGGGUGGAGUUGGGCGCCUUUGCAUACAGUGCACAGUCUUUCUGUCCUCCUUAACAUCCUGCGGCCACUUAAAGGGAGAAUCCUGCGGAUGCGACCCAGGCGGCAACACUUUGCAGGUGGAUGGUCUCCAGGUUGGCCGUUAUGCUGGCCGGGGAUUGUUCCUUCCGAAGGGAUGGGUCUGCCUUUGGCACAAGGAAGGGGCGAGCACCUCCUUGUGCGACCCCACCUGCCUGCAAGGGGCCAGCAGAAACAGAGAGGAUCCUGCCCCAGGCCUCUCCUUGUUAUUUCCCUGCCCUGUGUGCCUGGAAGGCAGGAAAGCCCCACACUCGCUUCUCCCUUCUCCCUCCCGUCCCCCUUUGCUGUUUCCUCAGGCGACCAUCAGCAAAAGCAUGUCCCAGCUGUGCCGGGCUCUGCCCUUAGCGGCUACAGGAAUGUGCGAGUGCAUGAUGGAAAAAUAUUCCGUGAUCCUGGUGGACAUGCUGCUGGAGAAGCUGGGGCCGCAGCUGAUGUGCCAGAUGAUCCGCAUGUGUGCGGCAGAGGAGGCCUCUGGUCAAGAGAUGCCUCGAGGGGCACCUCCAGCCCCUGCGGGCAGAUGCCAGGUCUGCCUGGCCCUCAGCGAGCGGGCAAAGGCAGCUCUCCAGGCCAACAACCGCACCGCCACCCCAACCCCCCAGGCAGAGAUGGAGGCGGCCGUCCUCACGGCCUGUGCCGACAGUUUCCUGGACUGGCAAGAGUGCAAGAGUUUCCUCCACCAGCACCAACCAAAGUUAUUCACGCUGCUCGCAAAACCAUGGAAUUCAAAGACGACAUGCCAGGAGUUGGGCGCCUGUACGGCUGAAGAGGAGCCUUUGGUCAGGGACCCAGCUUGCGCCCGGGGCCCCGUUUAUUGGUGCUCCAGCUUGGGGGCGGCCGAACAAUGCAAGGCCCUGCACCACUGCCAGGCUCACGUGUGGCUGUAGCCCAUCAAGGAGGGCCCUGCUUUCUUCCAAGCAAAGUCCUGCUCCCUUUACGCCACUGGCUUGGAUUUGUCCUUGUGGACUGACUGGGGUGGGCUGGGCUGGGCAGGGGAUCCUAAUGGGACCGGGGGGGGGGCAGGCGUUCAUAUUCUCAGCUACUAAAGUUAAUCCCCAAAUUACA